ACAUUCAUUAUGCUUUAGAUAUCUCAAAUCUGCCCGAAAGCUUUGUACAGCGUGUCUGUGUUAGAUCUUAGAGAGAAUGCACCAAACCGCAAUCAGAAUUUUUGUUACUUUGUUUCCUUACUUAUUUAGGCAGGUGCAAUAGUACUGUUUGCGAAUCAAGAUCUUAAUAUGAAAUAGGAUACGUUUGUUUAUAAUUCGGCAUACGUAUAAUGUUCUAAACAGCACUACUUUAGUGUAAAAACUUAACUUUUGUGACUGGCAGGACAGAUGAUUUCCAUUUUAAAAUGCACUGUCGAAAGCAGAAUAAGAACACAGGGAGCCGUGUCAUAAAUGUGGCAUGUUAUUGCGAAAAAGGUUAUUUUGUCGAUUUUAAUGAUGCCGAAUAAAUGAAAUAGUGCCAUUCAUCGGAAGUUGUAUUGAGUCAUGCCUUGUGAGUCAUGUAUUUUGACCGAUAAUCACGGGAGGCUCUGCUUCCCAGCCCCUUUGUUCAGUCUAGCCGGUGGGUUGAGUCACAGGGAGGCUGUGCUAACCCAACAAAUCCACACCACUGUGGGAACACCGACAAGAGUGAGAAGAGGCCGAAAAAACACCGAAGGUUAUCCGGGAGUCCAGACUGAACCCAUUAGCGUCUUUUAUCAGAGCCAGACAGCAGAAAAGUUGCCUUUGAGUGUUGCUGAUGCUGCGUUUCGUAUCGGGAAUCGUCAGGACCUGUGUGCCAGUGUUGGGCUACUAAACCAGCGAUACAUGUCGAUCAUCUUGGCUCUCUGGUAGCUGCUUUAGCUAUCCUCCUGAAAAAUGAACCGGCAGGCUGACUGCUAAACCAUCACCGGUCUGUUGCUGACACCGUGCAGUUGUUGCCAUCAUCCACUGAUCCACGCUGACUCUCCCUUUCAGUUUCUGCUCAGCAUCCAUAUUUGCAUCCCAGGGAGUGGCAACCACUAAUCCCCCUUUCCUGGCAAGAAAAUUGAAAGUUGGCCGGUGGUCGGGACACCCCUCGGACGCUCUAAUUUCACAUAGAAAGCAGCUAAACAUGGAGAGCGACAGCCACCACUCCCACAUCUAGUGCCUGAUCCACAAGCCUUCAUCACCAGGGAGGAGCUCUCAGGUCCCGGCCGUCUCCCUGCUUCUGUAGAAUGAAUAUGCUCAAGUCCAGUGGACUGAAAAUCCCUGGCCGGGGGCCCAAGCAUUCCAGCCCAGUGGGAAGGACCUCUGCGGGUGGAACCUCCAGCCCUGUUGUCCCUAAAGACAAUGCUCCACUCAAGCCCACCACACCAACUAAGAUCUCAGAAGAGGGCGACGAUGUUUUGGGGGAUUACACAGUGGGUGAACAGGUCUGGGUCAAUGGUGUCAAACUCGGAGUUAUUGCCUACCUAGGGGAGACCCAGUUUGCCCCGGGACAGUGGGCAGGCGUGAUACUGAAUGACCUAGUUGGCAAAAAUGACGGGUCAGUGGGCGGCGUGCGCUACUUUGAGUGCCAGCCCCUCCAAGGCAUCUUCACGCGACCCUCGAAGCUCACCCGACAGCCGGUCGGAGAGGGAAGUGACAGCCACUCCACUGACUCUGCCCAGAAUCAGACUCAGCAGGGCGGCAAUGGCGCCCUCUCUGGCCAGCGAGUGGUAGUGCCACUGAGAGAGGGCCUGCUCAACAGCGCAGUUAAAACGGGCAACGAGUCAGGCUCCAACAUAUCUGACAGCGGAUCUGUGAAGAAAAGUGGGGAUAAGGAUCUUCGAGUUGGAGAUCGAGUGCUGGUGGGAGGCUCUAAGAUGGGAGUCAUACGCUACAUGGGAGAGACGGACUUUGCCAAGGGUGAAUGGUGUGGGGUCGAGUUGGAUGAGCCCCUGGGGAAGAACGAUGGUGCAGUGGCUGGUACAAGAUACUUUCAGUGUCCUCACAAGUUUGGCCUGUUUGCUCCGAUCCACAAGGUGAUCCGCAUCGGCUUCCCGUCCACCAGCCCGGCCAAGGCUAAGAAGAGCAAGCGGAUGGCCAUGGGUGUUUCCUCUCUGGCCCACAGCCCCAGCAGCUCCUCCAUCAGUUCAGUCAGCUCGGUGGCCUCCUCCGUGGGCGGACGACCGAGCCGAACUGGACUGCUGACAGAGACAUCUUCCCGAUACGCCCGUAAGAUCUCGGGCACCACUGCCCUCCAGGAAGCCUUGAAGGAGAAGCAGCAGCACAUCGAGCAGCUGCUGGCAGAGAGGGACCUGGAGAGAGCCGACAUGGCCAAGGCCACCAGCCACAUCUGUGAGGUGGAGAAGGAGCUGAACGUCCUCAAGGUGCAGCACGUGCAGUAUGUAACAGAGAAUGAGAGCACCCUCCAGCAAGUCAAAGCUAUGUUGGCCAACACACAGAAAGAUAAACUGGAACUGGCCAAUCAGCUCGAAGAGGAGAAGAGGAAAGUGGAGGACCUACAGUUCAGAGUAGAGGAGGAAUGCAUCACCAAAGGAGACCUGGAGGGAAGGUGCUCUCAUGAUGCAGUAUCCUUGAGGUGGGGUAAGAGAACCAAGCAAACCACAGUCGAAGAGCAGAGCCGUAUCGUGCAGCUGGAGGAGGAGCUCAGCCUCAGGAGAGCUGAGAUGGAGAGCCUCCAGGCCAAACUCAGAGGAUCUGACACAAGCUUGCAGCAAGCCAACGACGGCGCCGCUGCCCCGGGAUCCGACACCCAGCCGGAGACCCUUGCCCCCUGCGCGCAGCUGGACCGCGAGCACAACAAGGAAAGCGGCGAGCUUAAAGAGAAGUACCAGGCAGCAUUAUCGGCGAGCCAGCAGGAGGUCGACUCGCUGAAGGCGCUGGUAGAUAGUAAGAACCAGGAGGUCAGUGAGAUGAAACAGAAAGUCCAACAGGCCACCAAGGAAAACAUGGAAAUGAUGGACACCUGGAAGGAUAAAUUUGACACUUUAGUGGUUGAUCACCAGCGCUCUUUGGAGGAACUGAAGGCCUCGUUGAGUGGGGAUCAUCCUACUCCAGAAGGCCAGGAGCUUGACGCUCAGGAGCUGAGAACCUCUCUGGAGAGCCUGAAGAUGGAGCACCAGCUGGAGAUGGAGAAUCUCAAGGCCAAACACAAGAUUGAAGCCGCCAUUCUGACCAAGGAACGUGAAGACCUCUGCGCUCGCCUUCAGGAGGCCAAAGACCAGCUGGCAGAGGGCAACCAGACGCGGAGGGGCGAGACACAGGCCAAAAGCGACAAGCAGGCCCUGGAGGAGGCAGCUGAUAAGCUACAGAAGGCAGAGCACAGGCUGGCGGAGAUGGAGAAGCUGCGGAUGGAGCAGGACAAAAGCACAGAGGAGCUGAGGGAGAGACUGGAGCUGUCAGAGAAGAAGAUGACGGACUAUCAGGCUCUGCAGAAGGCCCAGGCAGAGAGCCAAGAGGAGAUCCAGAAACUGGAGGAGAAGCUGAGGGUGACAGCAAACCAGCUCCAGGCCAUCCAGGCAGACCGCUACACGUCCCAUGAUGCAAAUGUGAUAGAAGAUAAUGAAAUUUCAGAUGAGAAGAUGAAGCUGAAGCAGAAUGUCGAAGAAACAAUGGAGAAGUUGUUGAAAAGGGAAAAAGAGGUGUCGACUCUCACUUCCCAGAUUGAAGCCCUCAAGUCCCAGAUGGGAGCAAUGGAGGACAAAGUUCGCUCAGGGGAAAAGAAAGCCGAAGCCCUUGCCAGGGAGAAGCUGCGUUUGGAGGCAGAGCUGGAGUCCAUGACCAAGAAGUCCCAUGAUGCCUCUGGGCAGCUGGUCAAUAUCAGCCAGGAGCUGCUGAAGAAAGAGAGGAGUCUGAAUGAACUGAGGGUGUUACUCCUGGAAUCACAUCGCCAUUCACGGGACAUGGAGAAAGACCUGAACCGAGAAUUGCACAAGGCAGAGUGGAGGGUCAAGGAGCAGAAACUUCAGGAAGACAUUAAGACCCUGCGUGAUAAAUUGCUCCUGCUGGGUCGGGAACGGUCUUCACCAGACCACCGGCGGUACUCAAUGCUGGACCCUUCUGUCGUGGACUCUGAGGUGAACCGCCUGCGGCAGCGGCUGCUCAGCACUGAGGACGCCCUGAGGACCGCCAUGGAGCACAACCAGCAGGUCGAUCAGCUGGUCCUGGCCAUGCGCAGGCAUCCAGAGAAAAGCCCGGUGCAUGGUGCCAAUUCAGCAAAUGGAAUUCAUCAUCAGGAGUCAGACAAUACUCAAGAUGAACAACACUGAUAUGAGAAGAAGAGAUAAGACUGAACUGGGACAUGCAGAGGUCCAUCUUAAAGAAAAGCUCAAGCGACGUUUCUCCUGAUCAUGCGACUCCUCAAGAAGAUUUCAGUUUACAGUUAAUACCAAAACAGUGAAUCUCUAUCUCAAGUGAAUUUAUGUGUUGUUGCAAAAAGCACCUAUUAGCCAAUCAAGAAGACCGCUUAAAGUACUAUAAAAUAUAAACAGGAAAUGGGACAUGGACAUGAAGAGAUAUUAUCGGUACAAUUCCUGAGAACGUACAAUAUGGCAACUUUUGAUGCUUUACAGUAGUUAGAAAAUUUCAAUCUCCAAGUUGCCGGGAACUCUGUGACAAUUCUUAAUUUUGAACCAGAAGGCGAAACGGCUGAUGGACGACGAUGCGAAGAACUGAAGAACCGGGUCUCAGUUGCUUUGUUUGUUUUAUUUAUUACUUUGCUCCUCAGCUUUGUUAUAAUCCUUUAUUGGUGAGCUGUCUUGGCCAGUGAUACGCAGAGCAACUCUUCAAGGAUGACUGACUAUUGUUUUUAGGAAGUUUGGCUCAUUUGUCACUUUACUUAAUACCUGAUGAGAGAAUUGGUAGCAAACUCAUGGCAGUCAGCUCUGUCCAGUGUUCACACUCCUGCUUCCGUGUACAAUAUGAUAAGUAAUCGUUGGUAACUGCCUAAAUGGAAGUAUUAAAAAGGACCUUUAAAAUAA